AUGGCGGUCAAGGAGGAAGAGAACUCGGAGAGUGAAUUGCCUACUGCUAGUUUAGCACAGGUUCCAGACUGCACGACCGACUCAGAUCUUCAGCUGCCCGUGGUCAAGCAAAGGACUUUCACAUACCUCACUCUGUGUCCAGGAAAUUCCAGUGAUUCAGAAGAAGACCGGAGUACCAGUAGCAUAGAAAAUCAGGCCAUCCCAAACUCUCACAGGGUGUCAGAUCCCAAAUCGCAUUCACAGCACAUCAAAAUAGAUAUCAUCAGGAAAGAGCAAGCCAAAAAUACACAACGCUACAAAGUGGAAUAUGAUUCACAAAGUACAGAUACACUGAAUUUCUCUUCUGAAUCCAAACAAGAGACUGAAUACGGUCCCUGUCGCAGAGAAAUGGAAGACACAUUAAACCACCUAAAGAUCCUGAAUGUCUUGAGUCCCAGGGGUUUCCAUAUUCCAAAUUGUGACAAGAAGGGGUUCUACAAGAAAAAGCAAUGCCGCCCAUCCAAAGGCCGAAAAAGAGGUUAUUGCUGGUGCGUGGAUAAAUACGGACAGCCGCUUCCUGGAUAUGAUGGGAAGGGAAAAGGAGACGUCCACUGCUAUAACUUGGAAAGCAAAUGAGGGGGUAGAGACCAUCUCUUCUGGCAUCCGUGUGUGGCAUUUCGACGUAUUGGAGACCUCAGAGGGGCUGGGCAAAAACCGUGGACUGCGUUGCACGUGGAGCUGUGCGUUCUGCCUCCUGCCUUGCCGGGGCAUUCACGGACUCUCGGGACUCUGCAGCUGCACCCCGCCACCGACACGCUUCGGGCUCCCUAUAGCACGGAUAGGGAGCUCUGACUUCCCAAGUAAAUCUGCACUAUUGAUACCCAGAAAGGAGAGAGAGGAAAAAAUAAAUAAAUUUUUUAAAAAGGCACUUCAGAAUGGAUUCAGGGAGUCUCCACUGACUUUUUAAAGAACGGCCUGUGACCAAUUUGAUCCCGAAAGAUACUGUGUUUUAUGUUAAAGAGUUUAUAGAUUGUAAGCUUGUUUAAAAAAAAAAAAUUAAAACAACAACAGCAACAACAAAAAACACAAGGAUUUAAAGUUUAAGCUUUUUUACAGGUCUGACGGGAAACUUAUCUUCACGGGUAAAAUGUUUUAUAAAAAUCUCAAAGAACUUUUUAAAGAAACGUAUUUCUAAAAUAAAGACAUGGCUAUUUUUUCUGUAAAAUAUAUGAUGAAUAUUCUGUUAGUCUGUAUUUAAUAUAAUUGUUUUUUAAUAAACUUUAUUUAAAUGUAACAUGUGAAUACCAAAUAUUACACAAUAAUUUUAGUGUAAACUUAUGUAUGCAAAGAGAAACCGUGGGGAUGGGAUGACUUACAAAUAUGUAUAGAUUCAUAUGCAUACACACUGACCUAUCCUACAUGAUAGAAAUGGAUUUGUGGAGUGAAGGAAAUGUUUCCAAAAGAGGUUAAAUUUCCUCAUUUGAAAUAGCUACAAAUACCAAGCUAAUCUUUUUUUAAAUGUUGGUUUGUUUGGUUGGUUUUUUUUUGUUUUUUUUUUUACUUUAUUAGUAUUUCUAACGCACCCAUCACUGAAUUAUGCCACUGGAAAGGUUGACAGUUGCACUGAAGCUCUCUGUAAAGCAUCCUUCUGUCUGUUCUUUGCUUCAGUUAGUGCAACAGGGCUUAAAUUUCCUCUGUUUCCUUCAGAACUGUCCAUGCUAGUAUAAAAUAUUCAUGGACAAAAAAUUGCCAUUGCAGUAUGACUCUUUCUGUUUGCUUAUUUAUUUUUAAAAGCCUGUAUCUAUUCUCUGUUGUCUUGAUAUACUCUACCAAAGCACAUAUUCUGUAUGAGGAACUUCUGUGUAAGUCAAUGCCAACACGAUGGGGGAUUAUGGACCCAGCUUUGAGACCUGUGCGCUUCAUUUUUUUUUUUUUUUUCCUACUGCACGACUGUUGCUUCCUUUGACUUUGGUGGAAGUGAUUUGCCUGCAUCCGAGCAUAGAAUAAGAACCAUUUGGUUUAAAUAUUUAAGCCAGUUCUCUGCCAUGAUGUUAUAUGUCCUUUUAAUCACAAGAGAAGUGUUUUGGUUUUGUGCUGAUACGUGAUGCUUUCACAUAAGGAAGUCUUUGGCACCGAUUCGAGGCUGACUGUUUAUUGAACUUCAUGACAAACUCUGUAUGACAAUGGAAGUGGGAUAAGGAAAGGUGGCCUGUGAAAUGUAACAGCUCUCUUGGAAAGU